UGCUCUUUUUUUUUACCUCAAAAUUCCCCCCCCGGACCCAAAAUCGCCGUUUUUCACCCCAAAUCAGGCCCCCAAGAAGGCGAAGCGCCGCGCGGCCGAGGGCAGCUCCAAUGUCUUCUCCAUGUUCGACCAAACCCAGAUCCAGGAGUUCAAGGAGGCCUUCACCGUCAUCGACCAGAACCGCGAUGGCAUCAUCGACAAAGAUGACCUUCGGGAGACCUUCGCCGCCAUGGGGCGCCUGAACGUGAAGAACGAGGAGUUGGACGCCAUGAUCAAAGAGGCCUCGGGGCCCAUCAACUUCACCGUCUUCCUCACCAUGUUCGGGGAGAAGCUCAAGGGCGCCGACCCUGAGGAUGUGAUCAUGGGGGCGUUCAAGGUCCUGGACCCGGACGGGAAAGGGUCAAUCAAGAAGAGCUUCCUGGAGGAGCUCCUGACGACCCAGUGCGAUCGCUUCACCCCCGAGGAGAUCAAGAACAUGUGGGCCGCCUUCCCCCCCGACGUGGCCGGAAACGUGGACUACAAGAACAUCUGCUACAUCAUCACCCACGGCGAGGACAAAGAGGGCGAGUGAGGGGCCCCCCAAAAUAUUUUGGGGACCGCCCCACCCCCGGGUGACCUCGGGGUCCCACCUGGCCUCUUGGACCGCCCCCCCAACCUUCCUUUUGGGGUUCGGUUGGGAAUAAAACAUCUCUCUUUUUUUUUUGGAA